UUGAUGACGCAAGAGUUGUUUACUAAUUUAAUGUGACAAGGGACAGAGAUCUUGACAAGGUCGUAAUUUGUAGUGUUCUGAGCUAUACAUCACAAAGAAACUGAUUACUGUGUUAUUAACUAAGUUUCAACUCAUAAAUGAAUUGCUUUGAGAAGCUAACAAAAGAGACAUCCCUAAGCCAGGAAAAGAACGAAGAAACAUUCCAGUCAAAUCAAGCUUUUAAGGGAGAUGGCUAUAAUGUUUUCACAAGUAAUGCUCUUGAGCUGGGCAGCAGAAAUAAUGAAACAAAUUUCCUAAAGAUUCCUGGUUUGUGGGGAGUAAACAUAGAAGAUGAACUUAACGUGAGCACAAAUCUUCAAGAUCCUGUUGGGUUUGGAGUUCACGAAGAAAUGGACUUCGAAUCCCAGAGUUUAUUGUCUCCGUGGGUUGUUUCUGAUGACCCAGAAAGUUUUAAAAUGGAUGAUGUGUUUCAAGUGGAAAAAGACGACCUUAUCCAAGGGCCAACUUUAGCCGAACUCAAUUCCAAAGACGAGUGUCUAUUUGAUGUACUGGAAUUUGAGCAAUGGUCUAAUUUACCUGAAGAACAAGCUUUGCUGAAAAGUAACUCUUCAUCAGACAAUAUGUUUCCAGCAAAACAAACAAAAGAUUUUCAGUGCAGUGGCUUCGUUAAAUACGACACCAAACCUGCAAACGUUCAUCCGGUCAGUUCUAUUAAGUGCACUCAAUCAAAGAGGCUAUUUAGUCCCAUUCCUUCGAAGCCUCUUGAAUAUGGAAAAGGAUGUUCUAAUAUUGGAAGUUUAUAUUUGCCCAAGUCUGUUGAAGUAAAAUGUAAAACUUCGGAUAAAUGCUUCUCUCAGAUCUUCCAAUCUACUAACAUUUGUGAAUCUACCCUUCAAAGCCAGCAGAAUUUUGCUGUCACCAACUUGAAGACGUGCGACUCAAGCAACACAUCAGUUAUAUCAGUUGAUGAACAUCAUUCAGAUGGUGAAAUGAAUGAUUUUUUUGAAACCAGUGAAAAGAGAGAGAAGUUAAUAGAUGCAGAUGUUGAACACAAAAUGAUUCAGCAUGGAAAGAGAAAGAAGUUAAGAUGUUAUUUUUGGCAGUACAAUUCUCAGUCGAAAGGAGUAAACAAACGUUCAAGUUACCCGAGUAACUUUCAAGACGAUCCACACGUCCUGAACGAUAUAACUGAUCCUGUUUUUACAAAGGACAGUUCCUUGACUGGAAUUAGGCAUUCGGGGAAAGCAAGAAGAGGUGAUGGAAAUGAUUUAACUCCGAACCCUCAAAAGCUUUAUAACAUUGGGCUACAGCUAAAGCAGUUGAAUGAAGAAAUAAAGGACCUGUCACCAGAAGCACACGCAAAACCAAAAUCUCGCAAAGAAAAGAACAAGUUAGCUUCUAGGGUCUGUCGACUAAAGAAAAAGGCUCAGCAUGAAGCAAACAAAUUGAAACUUUCUGGACUUCAGAAAGAACACAGGACUCUGAUGGAUGUGAUUGUUGAAGUAAAGAAAAUGAUCAGGCAGAGAAUUGAGAGCAAGUCUGGAUUACCUUCUCUGACUUCAAAGGUGGAAUUGUACAUUCUUCAUAAAGGUCCUGAACCUGUAGCAGGCUGUGCUGCUGAGUUAAUACUGUCUUAAGUUGUUGUUUUUAUC